AUGGAAGAACGAUUGGCAAGAGCGGAGGUAAACUUAGAAAGGGUGACGCGAGCAAUGGCAGCAGCCAAUGCGACAACGACGGCAAACGAAUCCCAGGCCACACCAGGUCCUAGCACAACCAAAAACCAACCAGCAGAACCCAUCACCACUACGCAACAUACGGCACCCCAGGCAGCCGUCCAGCACGAGGAGAGAAACCCUCCGAAUCAACAGGAGCAAAUGGAGGAACGUGAAUUGGCGGAUCCAAAGGUGCUUUCAGGUGCACAACUCAAAGCACCAGCAGACGACCAACCCGGAGAAGAAGGUGUUGACGGUGUGGCGAUACUGGACCUGGAGCUGAGAUCCGAAACCGAAGACGACACCUGGCAACCUCAGACACUGAUAAACAAGGGGAAAGGAAAGAGAGAGGAGAGCCAAUCAGAGGAGGAGGAGAGUCUACGUGCAGAUGACACAGAAUUGUCUCACGGGGAUCGAGUAAUGCUGCUACAAGCGGAAGUCCAACAGGCAUUCGUCUUCCAAGAUUACGCCAAAGGAACCGCUUUGCUCGCACAACUCACGGAAUUGGCGGCAAAUGAACCUGUGAAUAACCGUGCCCCAAGCGUUCGAGUGGAUCACCAGCAUCGUGUACCAGAUCUAGUGGCCGACAGACAACACAGCCCACACCGGCUUAUCCAGGAGAACAUGUCAGAGUUCUCAUCGGCCUCGAAAAACGAGGCAAGAGAAGUCACCCACCUCGUUGAACCUCGAGCCACAAUAGUGCCUAUGGAACCAAGAGUCGACGGGUGCCCAACACGGAUACACGACACCAGACCACCUCCGUUGUGGAACCACGAGCCAGUCCCGGUCGAACAAAGACUGAUUGUUACCACAAUGAAUCGGAUAUCAAGCAACGCUGAUUCAAUGCUAGUCAACCCCGACGAAGCCACCAAAGCGAAAGCGAUGCUCGAAUCCGGAAGAGGUCGAAUGGUCCUGGCAAACGGAGACGUGAUUGAGAAUGGGAGGCUCAUGUUGAAAGAUAAAACAAAACAACUGGAAAAAUCAUUACCUUCCCUCAGCCCAGUCCUAGCUCACUACCUCCGUACUUUCAAAGCAUACGUACCACUUCCCGUAUUCGACAAACUAUGGUUGAUCCGAGACCAACAAGCUAGAGAGGGGACGGAGCCGCCUUCGGAAUCGAAGUUAAACAAAGGAGGCACAAAUCUACGGAUGUAUGGAGGUGAUCCUCCGAUGGACGAGCUAACCAUGCAAUAUGAACAAUGUACACAAGGAAAUUGUGAUAGAGCUUCGAGAGACGAUGGGUUGGAUGGUAGCCCUCAGAUACUGCAAACGGGUACGAGAGGGAGUGAUGAGGACAACGGUAGGAGGUGA